CGGCUGUGGCGGUGGAGGGUUUUUCUGAGGCGGCGGCGCGUCUCCUCCUUCCUCGCCAGGAGCAUCUCUGAGGGGAUGAGGCAGGCGGUGGCAGUGGCGGAGGGCGAGCCCCAGCGACACUGAGGCGGCGGUGGCCGGGCCUCCUCUUCCUCCUCCUCCUUUUCCAGCUCCCGGUUCUUGCCCGCCCUCCGCACGCUCGGCCUUCCCGGCCCGGCUCCCUCUCCUGCCGGCACCAUGAUGGAAGAGAUCGACCGCUUCCAAGUGCCCGCCGUGAGAGCCGAGAUGCAGCCGCUGGAUCCAACAGCAGCCUCUAUAUCUGACAGAGACUGUGACACGAGAGAGGGAGAAACUGUAGCUAUGAAUUACAAACCAUCCCCCCUACAAGUGAAACUAGAGAAACAGAGGGAGCUGGCUCGUAAGGGGUCCCUGAAAAAUGGAAACAUGGGGAGCCCAGUUAACCAACAACCGAAGAAGAACAAUGUGAUGGCACGAACAAGGCUGGUUGUUCCCAAUAAAGGCUAUUCCUCAUUAGACCAGAGUCCUGAUGAAAAGCCAUUGGUAGCACUGGACACAGACAGUGAUGACGACUUUGACAUGUCCAGAUAUUCCUCCUCGGGAUAUUCUUCAGCUGAGCAGAUCAACCAGGACUUGAACAUCCAGCUGCUAAAGGAUGGCUAUCGGUUAGAUGAGAUCCCAGAUGACGAGGACCUCGACCUAAUCCCUCCGAAGUCGGUCAACCCCACUUGCAUGUGCUGUCAAGCCACCUCCUCCACUGCCUGCCACAUCCAGUAACGAGGGAAGCCUGGCAAGGGUUGAUCAGUGCUUUCCACUAUAACUGUAAAACUUAACAGCCAUUGCUUCCUCCUAUGGUAGGACGUGCACCUCUUUGUGUUCAUGGAGCCAGGAGAAACCAAAAAAUAAUAUAUAUAUAUAUUAUUCAUUUUAUGAUCCUCUUCUCAUUUUUAUUCUAAAACUACAGUAAGUGAACCAGAUACGGCUCCUUGGUCUGGAAAGCCCCUUGGAUCCCUUUGGACUUGGGCUCAGCUUGUAAAAUUCAUAUACAGGAGUUUGGAGGGGGUGGAGAUCAGAUGUGGUUGCUGCAGUUAGCCCUCCCCAAGUUCACUCUAGCUGGCAAGAGUUGAAAUCAGAGUUUGAAACACAAAAGUCUCUGACCAGAAAUGAAGGAACGAGCUGAAAUCAAUCCUGGGGAGCCUGCGUCUUCUGUGAUGGACUGGCCCUGAAUAAGGAGGUGGGAUCAGGAGUGAAGUACAGGAAGAGAAGAUCUAGUCAGCUAGGAAGAAUCAACAUAAAAAAACUGAUUAUAGACAAGAUGCAAAUGGCAAAAAGUUGCAUUUGCAACAUGCUUCCAAAUAAGAAGCAUUAAGCAAAGGAUAAUGCAUUAUUACACAGCCUAAUAAGAGAACAUUUACUGAAAAAUUCAGUCUACCCUUAUUUGUCCUUUGUGUUUGCAAUCCUGAAUACCAGCCUGUCAUUGUAAAAAAGCAAAGCAAAACACCAUGUAGUUUAUCAGGUUUAAAGUGUUGCCUGAAGUUCCCAUGAAUGGGAGUUGAGAAGCAUUUGUAUGACUUCUGAGACAAAGUCCGUGUACCCAUACCCUUUUAAUGGCAACGAAAGAGAUGCUUUGCGCUUGGCUGGGUGCCCCUGCCUGCAUUAGCGGAAUGAGAUUUCUCUGGCUCCAGGGACCACGCAGGCUCUGUUGGUCAAGCUUCUGCCCUAUCGCGGCCUGGCGUUGUGUAGAGCUAAUUCCAAAGGCUGUGUGCUCUGCUCAUUGCAAGAGAUCUUAAGGUGUUGGCUCACCCAAACACAUGAGUGGCUCUUCAGCUCCCAAGAGCCAGGUGUUUUGGUUGCCACAAAGUGAAACUUCUAAGCCAGGGAGGGAAAGGGGCCGUCCUUGCUUCUGCUGCCUAUCAUACAGUGCCUGAGUUGCUGUCUUGACACCAGCGUCACGUUGCCAUCGUUAACAGACUGGUGCCCGGAGAAGUGUCCCAUCAGUUAUCAGCAUGGCUAGCCAGUUUGGUGCUUUGGGAAACUUCUCUAGCAUUUGUAUGACCACAGACCAUCAGUGGUGAUGGAGGCAUGCAGGAAGCAAAUUGGCAGAUUUGAUUAACCCCUGUAUUACUCUGCUUGCUAACUCAGGUUGUGUCAAGCUUUGUAACAAAACAGGUGAGCUGUUUGCCUUUAAAAAACAAAACAAAAUAAUUUGAUACUCUACCUCUUUAGAGGGCUCCAUUGGCCAAGCUUCGGACGCCAUAAGCACAUGGCAGAUUGGUUUGCCCCGUUCCUCUGAAUGCCAAGUUUCUUGCCCCAUGUAGACUUUCCACUGGAGCUGUGCUUGUGAAUUGCCACAAAUCUGUUAGAGAACAAAGAAGUGGAUUGCAGUCUCCUCCCAUCCAAUGCAGUAUUGCCACCUGGGGAGACUACAUAUCCCAGUAUUCCAUGCAGGUCGUCCUUGUGUCAAUAUGCAGAGUGAUCUCUGCUCUUUCCAGAAGAGUAUUGGUUGAAAGGCCACUGUCACUCCCAUUUGUUGUUCCAGAACAAGAGAAAUAAGCAUCAGGAGGGGUUGCAAAUGAAAACAAAGAUUGCCCCAUUGAGAUUUGGGGGUAGGGAAGUGCCACCAGGAGUUUGGGUACUGAACUAGGUGUUUGAAAUUAAGGGAGAUUGCAAAGACCUAAACGCAGCAACAGAUGAGCUGCAAGUGGUGCAUAGCAGCCCAGCAGAGACUGAAAACACUGAACUUGGAGUGAAACUACCUUAUCAUAAAUAAUACCUAGGCCUAGGAUGAUUGAUUUGGAAAACACAUUUUAAUUCCUUUUAAGUGCUUCUCCCCAGAGAUUAACUAAUCCAUAUUUAAUUUGCACACAGUAUUUUAACUUGUUAAUGCGCAAUCCCUAGUUUUUAUUUUCUUACUUUUUUUCUAUUUUCCACCAGCCUUUUCGAUUGUGACAGGAAGGGCUGCGCUUUGAAUUUAACCUUUUUCGUGCGUGCAUAGAAGAGAUGAGAUUUGUCCUACACAUUAUUUUACUUACCUAUGAGCUGUUCCCCCUGGUGUGUGCAUUCCACAGCAGUUCUCUUUUCCUUCUUCGCCAAAAUCCUCAAUAGUGGCACAGUUUUAGUGAGGUCAGUGCAGAGACAUAAAAUGGAAAACAAAACAAAAAAACCCUUUUGGCUUCUCCUGGCUCCUAGGCUUUGUGUCUGUAUGUUUUCUAAGGAGGGGGAUGGAUCCAAGAGUGGGGGAGAAUAAGUGGUGCGGUGUUACCAUCAGGAAAGCUGAAUGUAUUGACUGAAGCCCAUGUGGCUGCCACAGAAAGCUUACCAACAAUCCUGCUACAAUGCUACAUUGCAGUUUCUUCUGGCCAUUACACACAUUGCACAGAGACCAAGCUGGGCAUUGCAACACUGCUGGCAACAGGGAGUUCAGCCCACCACAGCACCUCGAUGGGCAUAUCAGCCUCGGCCAAGCUGGUACCAUCCAGAUGUUGUGGGACUGUAGGCCUCCAUCAGUUCUAAAUGGCACAUCUUUGUAUAGUCCAACUGCUGGAGGGCACCUGAUUGGCGAAACUGAUGUAUCUGCAGCACGUGCUUCCUGUGUUUGCAUUCAGGCUUUUCAUCUCCGGGUUAUGCUUGAUAAUGGAUGUGGCAAGGGGCCUUCUAAGAAACUUGAAGCAGCUUUAUAAAAAUUAAGGCGUUUACAUUAUGGCUGCCUCUCUGUCCCCUGCAGAGCCCAACAUGUAGGCCUUGGCUCUGAGCAGUCAUCUUUCCAUCUUUGGCAUUUUAGCUUCAGAUUUUAAAGAAGGGAAGAGCCACAGCCAUAGGUUGUGGGGGUGUACUUAACUGCUUCAUAGCUCUGUAAUUCAGGUGGGGGUGGAAGGAAGAGAACAUACUCGGGAAGAUUCAUUUGCCUUUUGGAAAUCCUGAAGUAGGAAGAGCUUGCCACCCCAGACAGUUCUGUUUGGAAAGAAUUUGUUCCAGUUGGAUCCCACUCCCCAUAAACAGGAUGGUAUUCUGGAAGGAGUAUUUGGUGUCUAUAGAUACAGUAUAUUGAUCUCAAAGCCUUUCUGGGCUGCCUUGAUUUACAUUAGAGCAUCAAAUAGCAUAAAGGAAGGGCCUGUUUUCAUCCGUGGUCAUGCAAAUAUCUGCUAGCUUAAAUGCUGCAAAUGUACAUUCAACCUGCAAGCCCCCAUUAGUCAUUCAGUCUUAAUUAAUGGUAAGCUUAUGUCCUCAUUUUGAAUGCACUUGGAUCAUUGGCUUCUUAUUUCUGGUGCUGCUGUGGGGAAAUAGUGAAAAGGGGGCAUCCCCUUCCCACAAGUUGCUCUGGGCAAUAUUCUACCUGUCAGUCAUCUCCCUUCCUCUCUCCCUCCCCCCAACCCAAAACAUUCUGCAGACUCGAAGCAGCAGCUGAUUUUAAGCAGGCUUCCAUCACAGGGUGUAUUUCUACCUACACACCCACGAUAUAAAGUCUCAGCCUCCACAGCUGGUGGAAGCGCUGACUCUUCCUGCUGCAUAAUGUCUAAGGGCCAUAUUUUUCAUGCAGUGGAGCUGUGGGCUCCAGGGUGCUUCCUGGAGCGAAAAGCUUAUUAUGGUUAAAAAAAAACCCAACAGUGCUUGCAGCCGGAUUGAAGUGAGUAGUAUGUUUUGGCUCCACCUUGAAGAAACCAAGGAGUCUGCUAAUCAAAACAGCAGGAGUGGUUAGCUGCUUUCAUCAAGACACCACAGAAGUUGUUCCCAGUCAGUGGGUACAAGAAGCAGAAAUUGCUGAUAUAAACAGUCCAUCCCUCCCAGGACACCAAGAAUUGUAUACAGCAAAGGCAUUGCUAGAAAUAAACAACUUCAGCUCAAACAAUGGAACUUCUCAUCUGCCCCAUGCCCCCCCAAUUGCUCUGGGGGUUCACCCAAUCCUCCAGAGCAUUUUUUAUGGCCAGUGGGGGGGGGAACAUGAUUGCAGUGGUACAUGCAAGGAGGAAAGGGAGUGGAAUUCCUGUUACAUGAGCAGAAGCAAUUGCAGUCAUGCAGCGACUUCAUUGGAUACAAUGCCAGCAAUCCAGCUUCCUGCAGCGACAUUGGAGUUGAUUGUGCUGCAACCUGCCAUUAUGUAUGCAGAGACAAAAGAGAGAAGGCAGUAUGUGCCCCUGCAGGUAGCUUGGCCAGAAUGUCUUCUGUGGGUGGCCAAAUGGCGUCUCUGCAUUCCUGCGGCCCAUGCUGCUCUUGACCUCCCGGCAGUGCAGCCUCCUGAACAGCUAGAAGGAAAGACAAAGAGGGACAGUGAACCCCCAGGGCACAGGAAGUAGGAGAGCAGAAUAACCAGCAGGAUCCUUGGGGUAGCCAGCACAUGAGGAACACAAAAAAUCCUCCUUUCUUGUGCGCACAACAUACUAAGUUGCAAUAUUCGGUUCUCUUGUAUUUCAAGCUCCUUCUUGAGUCUGUUACUAUUAUUAUUUUCUAAACCUUGCGGAAAUGUGGCUACUCUUAAUAGAGAAUGAAAUAUGCCUUGUUGCAUGUUACAAAUUUUUGGACAUGGCACUAAACCUUUCAGGUCUCCUGUUCUUUGCUUAUCCCCUUCCUUCCUUCCUUCCUUCCUUCCUUCCUUCCUUCCUUCCUUCCUUCCUUCCUUCCCAUCUGCCUGUGACUUUCUCUGAUUUAUGUGCUCAGAACUUGGUAAUACCUGGAUCCUUCUUGCUCUCAACCUCUUUUCAUACAUACAACAGGACUGGAAGAGUUGCUCUGUUACACCCAAAGCGUGGCCUGGCAGUCACUUUAUACAGUCGUACCUUGGAAGUCUAACGGAAUCCGUUCUGGAAGUCCGUUCGACUUCCAAAACAUUCGGAAACCAAAGCGUGGCUUCUCGUUGGCUGCAGGAGCUCCUGCAGCCAAUUGGAAGCCAUGGAAGCCCCGUCGGACAUUCUGGUUCCAAAGAACGUUUGCAAACCGGAACACUCAUUUCCGGGUUUGCAGCGUUCAGGAACCAAAACAUCUGAGUACCAAGGCAUUCAGGAUCCAAGGUACGACUAUAUUGAGGAUUCCUGUGGGUUUGCCUCAUGUACGUGAAGUUACAUGUGCAGUCAUUUGGGAGCUUGUAAUUGUUUUUGUCUUGCACAAAAUAUGUCUGAAAAGUGAAGCCACUUUGUAGGCUUUGCUCUACUGCCUUCCAGCACCUUAGGGUCUCAUGCAGAAGGAUUCUGUCUGUGUAGCAGGCAACUUCUUGCAGAUUUGCCUCCAUCGGGAUUCAAGUAAGUCAGCAAAUCAUGGCCCUGACUUGCAUUCUGGGACCUCUAGUUUUUCACCAUGCCACUUCUCAGAGUUGAUGGCUGCUUCAGAGUCUGUGAAUUGCAGUUCAUAAUUUCCUCCUUGCAUUCUUCAUCAGCGCUGCCAUUAUUUUAUCCGUCAUAUCAAGUAGACUUCCGCUAUUUUCCGAAUCCCACACUUGUUUGUGCCUGUAGGAAAGACCCACGGGUUCUUCCAGCAGUUAUCUUUAAGGGAAAACGGAGCUUAGUUUUUCAGCUUCCUUAUAGACGAUUUGGCUGUGACACAGCUGUUUCCAUAGCAACAAAUUAUGAUCUAAGAAGUCGCCUGGCAUCAAGGGAGACCAAGAUUAUGAUACAGCUCAUUAAAAUUCAUUCUGGAGACAGACACAGAAGCCCGGGCAGGAUGACGCUCUGGGAGAAAUCUCACAUGCUGAAGGGAUGCUCAGUCUCACAUGUCUGUGCUUUCCAUGUUACACAUCCAGACAUCUGAUGCCUUCUUAAAGAUGCCAUCUUUUAGGGCCUGUGCAAACUCUAAUAAGCCAAUCUCUCUGGUCAUUUUGGUCCUUGGCUCCUUGUGAAAAAAGCACUGAGGUUACUUUAUCUAUUUGUCGCACACCUGAAACUUUUAAAAGAAAUCCUAACCACUUUCUGCAUCAGUUCCACCCCUUUUCAUCACAACCUUAGCACGCAUGAGCUUGUGGGGACUGCUCUGAUCUGUGCUCAGAACAAGAGUGAACAUCUCAAGGAAAACUUAACGCAAAGCAGUGACAUAAGUAGGCGUCGGACGGUGAGGGAGGCUUCUGAUCCCGCAGAAAGAGGGAGGGCUACAACAGUACCCAAAAUGCAGAACUGGCAUUGAGAGCCACCAAAUCUGCUUGGUGCUUUUAACUUGAGAGCUAAGCGAGCCGGUUAACUACCAGGAAAGAUCCUACCUCUUGUACUUUGCUAUUACACCGAGGAUUCUAUAUAGAUGUACAUUUGGAGAUCAGUAAGGAUGUAAUCUGGUCAUGCCAAACUAAGGAUCGCUUGAUGGUUGUGGAGUGAGGGCACCCCUCAGCUGCAUUGCUGGAGAAUUCAAUGUAAGUUUUAGAAGUACUUGAUCUUGUCUGUGCCCUCUUCAAACCUCACCGCUGGGGGAGCAUUAAAGCAGAGCAUUGCCCUUUCCUCUUGGCUUGACAUGGUUAUACAGUGGUACCUUGGUAGUCAAACGACUUGGCUCCCAAACAAAACAGCUCCUGGACGCCUCAAACCCGGAAGUGAGCAUUCAGGUUUGUGAACGUUUUUCGGAAGCCGGACAUCUGACGCAGCUUCCACGGCUUCCAUUUGAGUGCAGGAAGCUCCUGCAGCCAAUCAGAAGCCAUGCCUUGGUUUCCAAGCGGUUUUGGGAGUCGAACCGGCUCCCGGAACGGAUUGAGUUUGAGAACCGAGUUACCACUGUACUUCGGUACAAGCAGUCUGGAUGCAAUCUUCCCUUGGCUUAAGGGAUUCUGUCUCAUCCUAGUUGAUUGUUGGAUCCUUGCCCUUAUACACUACUGACUGCUUCUGUCUCCCUUUGGGUUGCAGUCUCCGCUCUGUGUUGUUCUGUGUUCCUUACUCUGGCAGCGCCCCAUGAGCAGGAGGCAGGACACUACCACCCUAUUCUGCUUGCCAAGUGCACCAGAGCACUUUUCUGAAGUGUCACAUUUGAAGAAGGAACCAAACGCUUUUUCUCAACUGCUUCUGUAGCCGGGAGCAAGUGCCGAUAGAUGACUGCUGAACACUCUGCGGCUAUUAGCCAGGCAGGGAGACAGGUUGUCUGAGCACUGUCUCCCGGUGGGAUUCUUGUUCAGUGGUGGCAGCUGUUCUCUGUCUGAAAACUCUUGGAUCUGCCAUGGGCACAGCCAGGAGUCUCUUCUCUACCCGGUUGAGCCCACCAGUUCCAACUGGCAUUUGAAACAGCUCUGGCAAAGUGGGAGGUACUGUGACAUGUCACGCAAUCCUUGAGUGAAGCUCUGUGUUGUACAUAGGGAAGAUCAGGGUCCCUCUGUUUAAUGUGCUGCAGUGAGGGGGUUGGGUAAAAACACAAAAUCGUAGGACGCCAUGCCACAGUAUCCCCCUCUGUUUCUAAACAAAAGUUUAGAGAGAACGAAAGGAGUUGCAGGCAAAUAGGGGGUAGUUGAAUGGCAGCAAGAGCCAUACGAGUGUAAUUUAGUUGUCACAGGUAAACCUUGGUAUCCGUGUCCAGUGGUUAGUUCUAGACUCACAAGCCUUGUUAAAUUGCACAAAUCCAUCAUUCACACCUUGAUUUUUCACAGUUAAUGUUUUCUUUCCCACUCCCCCAACAGUCCAACUCUGUUCUGUUAAAAUGGCCCUCCCGGUUGGCUCUUUCCCAACCCCCAUUUCUGGCAUGCAGGGCCUGCCCUGAACAGCCCCCUCCCCUGAAACAGCUGCCCCACACAUUCCAAGAGAGGCACGCCACAGCGCUGUGAUGUGUUGGGAGAGUUCUGGAGCGCAGUUCCUUCCUUGGGUGCCCAUAGAAACACGGCUACCACACCAGCUGCUUGGGUGUCUUGUGCGUUUGGUGGCUGCAAGUGGCUCUGUGGGACAUAAAAAGUGGCUACAGGUUGUUUUCCACCCCUACCCCCAGCCAAUCCUUCACUCAUGGCUGUUUCUUUUCACCUGUGUUGUAGCAUUUAUCUUUAACGGGGAAACUGGGAAUUCUUUCAGAAGUCUUAGUUGAUCUGUCUGCGGCUUUGGGGCAACCUGCUCCUCACUACCAAGAGUGGAUGGGUAAGAUCUGCCCUGACCAUUUUUGCACACAAGACAAUUCAUUUGGGAGAAGUGGAGGGGGUCGUGCCCAUGGAAGAAGCUCGCAGGAAGCAGCUGUUUCCCUUUUUAUUUAUUUUGUGGAGGGCGAGGCGACCUUCGUUUUUUCGUUUUUACCUUUUUGCACUAUCUGCUGAACCGCACCUGCCCUCCACUCUGCUCCCCCACUCCGUGGCAUAGUUAACAGGGCUGCUGCAUCAGGACGUGAUGCUGUUCUGGUACAGCGGACAUGAUCCAGUGCAUGACUUCUAUGUUUUCCUCCCUGUGAUAUGUGCCAUGACUUGAUUGUGUGUAAACGUAUUUGCAGAGGAAGUGGUGUCUUCGAGAGAAAGCCUUAGAGGAAAUGCGUCUUACAUGUGUCUGUGCUCCCAAACUGGAAAAUGUCUCUUUAAAUGCCAAUCCUUUCAGGAGUGUCAUCUCCUCAGAACUGUGUUCUGCAGGGCCAGAAAAGCUGGGUGACUGGGCAUCAAUUGCUGAGACUCUU